GGUAAAUCUCCGUCCGCUCCAGGCAGUAGCCUAAAGUGAGGAGUCCCAAUGGAUAAAGCCAAAAAAAAGCUGGGCGUCACUCCCUCCCACGCCGGACAGGCAUGGGGAAAAAAACACAGCAUUACAGACAAAGAUCAGCCUUUACAGUCAGGAAAACACAGAGCUUCAAGCUAUGACAUGCCAGGUAUGGACCCAGAUGAUGAAUCCAUCACAGAUUUUACAAAAAACGAGCUCUUGAUAUUCAAGACUAGCUUUGCGAGACCGAAAUAUGCUAACACUUACAGGAUGGAACCUUAUAGAAAAUGUGAGGCUCACAUAGUAAGGAAGAAAGCUGAAGAUAUUCUAAAGCAGAAACUUCAAGAUUUCAAAUAUAUUGGAAUCAAUGGUGCCCCCACUUGUACAGCUAUCUCAGAAGAUGUAUUAGCAGGUGUCAAGGAACUGGGGUUUGAUCGUUACAAGUAUAUAGUUCAGGUAUUUCUUGUGGAAAAGACUGGUCAGUCAAUACAUAUUGCCAGCAGAUGGGUGUGGGAUGUCGCAAGAGACACUUGGGUUCAAGCUCAAUAUGAAACUGAGACCUAUGUUAUAGUAGCUCUAGUAGUUGCUUCCUAUUUUGAGUAAUUGGUUUAUUUAUUUUAAAACAUUUAUAUAGCCGCCUACUCACUCACAGAGACUCUAGAUGGAUUCCAAACAGUAACAAAGAAAUAUUGUAGUAAUGAGAUUUUCUAGUUUAUCUCCUCAAAUAAAUGUAUAUUUUUUUUCAACCAUG